GAUGGAUGGGGAUUCCGUUGGUGUUCCGCUGCGCUUCAUUCAUCCACAACUUUAGGUCUGAAGGUUAGGGUUUCUGAUGGACCCCCAGACGGGGGGGUUAUGAGCGAGACGACGCUCUUUCCAGGCCCCUCUUCGGUUGUCGUUGUCCUCUCAUCUGCGGGUUCCGCUGCCAACAACCAUGUCGAAACGCGGGAGGGGAGGUGCCUCCGGGAACAAGUUCCGGAUGUCCCUGGGUCUUCCGGUGGGCGCGGUGGUGAAUUGCGCAGACAACACGGGUGCGAAGAAUCUGUACGUGAUUUCGGUGAAGGGAGUGAAGGGGCGGCUGAACAGGCUGCCAGCUGCAGCAGUAGGAGACAUGGUGAUGGCCACGGUGAAGAAGGGAAAGCCGGAUCUGCGUAAGAAGGUGAUGCCUGCUGUGAUCGUGCGUCAGCGCAAGCCAUGGAGGCGCAAAGACGGAGUGUUCAUGUACUUCGAAGACAAUGCUGGCGUGAUCGUGAAUCCGAAGGGAGAAAUGAAGGGUUCUGCCAUCACUGGACCGAUCGGGAAGGAGUGCGCAGACUUGUGGCCGAGGAUUGCGAGCGCUGCCAACGCGAUUGUUUGAGAGGGUAGUUUGGGAGUAGGCAGUGGUGCGACGUGUGUGGCGAGCAAUAGAAGGCCUUUGUAUGGCGGCAAUUUUGUGAAAUACGAUGGACAAACGUUCAUGUUUCUUGGUGAA